UGGAGUUACAAUAAUAUUAUUAUAUUAAAGAAAAAUGUACUAGAUCUGUACUAAACCAUUAAAAAAAUUAUAAAAGUACUAAAUCUAUUACGAAAGUACUAACUGUGGAGACCCUGUUUCCAAAUGGUUGGAUCAGGUGGUUAACAUUAACAGAAAUGUAAAAUCAUGCUAAUGUUUGUUUAGGUAACCUAUAUUUCAAUUUGAAGUACUUAUGUAUGUUACCUAACCUAUUAAAAAAUCUUAUGUAGGUUAUUUGCCGAAUGGUUGGAUCAGGUUGUUAACAUUAAUUGAAAUGUAAAAUCUCGCUAAUGGUUUUUUAGGUAACCUAUAUUUUAAAUUAAAGUACUUAUGUAUGUUACCUAACCUAUUUAAAAAUCCUCACUGUUUCUCAGUAGUUAUAAUAAAACUAACCUAAUCCAACUACGCGUUAAAACAGUGAACUAUUUGCUGGUAGAUAUAUUUGAAUUAUGGCUGUGCCUUCUUAGAGAAUGAGUGGAAAACAUAAUAGGUAAUACCAAAAGGCCUUUUCAAUUGUCUUGUUAUACUUGCUUAGGUAUAGAAAAAUACUUGAUAACCCUUUUUUACAUUAUGUACCUAAUGUGUGUGAAAUAAUUCAGAUUCCGCAGAAUGGCCCUUGCUGCAUUCUUGAUUGCUGUGGAAUUGGAGGAGGAAGAAAGGAACGAGCUAGGAAGGCAGCGGAGAUGGUUAAGGGAUCAUCACAAUCCAUUUGAAUUGCCGGAGCAGCAAUUCAGAAUGUAUUUUAGAUUGUCACCAGAAGUUGCACGAGAUGUGUGCAACAUGUUGCAUCCAUUUCUCGCUUACAGGAACAUUACUGGACUGUCUGUUGAGACGCAGGUGCUGACUUCCCUCAGAUUUUUCGCUAAUGGAAGCGACCAAAGAUCCAUUGUCCAAGACCUCCUAUUGUCAGUGUCGCAACCUUCAGUUACAAACUGCUUAAGGAGAGUAGUAGAUGCUCUUCUGGAGCACUUUCUGCACGAAUGGAUUAAGUUUCCAGCUAGUGUUGCGGAAAGAGAAGCCUCGAAGACAAGGUUCCGAGAAGCCACUGGGUUUAGAGGGGUGGUUGGGUGCAUUGAUUGCACCCACAUAGCAAUUAGGAAACCCUCUGAACAUGAAGAAACCUUUGUAAAUCACAAGGGUUUUCAUUCCUUGAAUGUACAAGUGGUGUGCAAUGAAAAACUUGAAAUACUGGCAAUUACUUCUCGGUAUUCUGGCAGUACCAACGAUAAUUUCAUCUUCAGAUACUCGGCUGUCAGGAGAGCAAUGCUCGAAAAGUACAAUCAAGGGGACAGAACGUCGUGGCUUCUCGGUGAUUCAGGGUAUGGCCUAGAACCUUGGUUAAUGACACCUAUUCUAGGUGCACUCCCUGGAUCACCAGAAGCUCGGUACACUGACUCACAUUGUAGAGCCCGUAACUGUGUGGAGCGGCUGUUUGGUGUUCUGAAGAACACUUGGCGCUGUCUGCUCAGAUACAGGACUCUACAAUAUGAGCCCCUUGAGGCAGCCAAAAUUGUAAUGGCAUGUGCUAUAUUGCACAACAUCAGACUGACACGAAAUGAACCUGCUCCUCUGGAUGAAGUUGUGGAAGAAGUAUUGCCAGUUAAUGAAAUUGCGGAUGUGCAUGAAAACCUGUUGGGCAGAGCAGAUUUUCGGUACCAGGAUGCCCAGCGCAUUAGGAAUCUUCUUGUCCGCCAACAGCAUGGUCACCACCAACAUUAGACCCAAAUCACAACUUGACUGACUGGCAGUAGGGAAGGGGGCCUGCCAAUAUAAUUAAAACUCCCCGACUGAGCUGUGACUGGCAGUAGGCAAGGGGGCCUGCCAUUAUAAUUAAAACUCCCCGACUGAGCUGUG